AAGCGUGUUGCUGCCUGGUACAAGCGGUGAUAUAGCGUCGGUCAUUUGCACACGAUUGUACGUGUCGCCAGGUGCGGUGCCACGUCACCACCUCCUAUCGGCGCCCAAUCUUAUUGCUAUCGCCAUCAGCAAGGCCCUUGGGCCUAUGCGCGAGUCUUGGCUAGCGGACUUGCGCCUCAUCACGAGGCGUCUUGCCGACCUCUGCCAUCACUGCGCGUGCCAGCUGGCGAUCCCGAUAUCUGUGGCCACAUUGCCGGACACCGGGCCCGGCAUACAAAUACCAAGUGAGCGAAAAUAGCCGGAGGUUUCACGUAGGAUAUUUGCCUCAAAUUAGGGUGCAUCGGCCCUUCGAUCUGCAGUCGCCAUUCCUGCACGAUGACCGAGGGGCCAGCGGCCGUCGCGCCACCGCGACAGCUCGGACUGCAGCUCAGCCUCGUGAUCCUCGUCUUUAUCGUCCAGUUCUUCGUGCUCCAGUAUUGGUUCUCGUCGACGCCCAAUGCCCCCAAGACGCUGCGCGAAGAGAUGCUCGCGAGCGCCAAGGCAACCCACGAGCCGUUCGUGCGCGCCGCUGUGCUCUACUUCCCAUCCGAGAAGGCAGCUGCGUUCCUGCCGCAGCUGCGCUGGUUCCAUGAGAGCUGGCGCGAAAUGCAGCAGCACGAGCCAUUGCUGUGGCGCACCGACAUGGUCGUCUUCACCGACACCUUGCUGCCCGACUUCGGCGCGCUCGGCUGCGCAUCGACGCCCCGCGCGUCGACAAGCGAGCCCAACAAGUGCGUCGUCAUCACGAGCGGGUUCCAUGCGGCGCCCGUGCCCGGGUAUGCGCUCGGCGCAUCGAUCGGCGUUGCGGGCGAGACGCAUCCGUGGGUGACCAUCUACGACUACAUUCUGCGCACCGACCUCGACACGUUCCUUACGCCGGCAUUUGCGCCCUGGAAGCCGCGCGGACUGACCGUGGGCUUUGGCGAGUACGCGUUCGAAGGCUACAACACGAGUGCGCGGCUUGCACGCAUCGCGAGCGACCUCGGGUACGCCCCAAUGCAUGUGGCCAACGUCGGCUCGACCUGGUACGGACCCCGCGCGCACGUGCAGUCGUGUGCCCGCCUCGCGGUGCAGGCCAUGGUGUACCUCCACGCGCGCGAAUUCAGUGACGUUGAGAAGAGUGCUGCGUACGGCGACCAGGGCUGGCCAGAGUGGCACCACGGCGCGAUCAACCUGUACGCAAGCCACCUCGCCAUCAACGAAUGCACCGGAGACGACCUCCACGACGAGGACGACGACGACAGCAGCAGCAGCAACGUGCUGGUGCGGCAGGACAUGCUCGAUGUGCCCACCACGUCCGAGGGCUCGCCGUUCAAACACGCGCAUCUGCACACGCCCUGGCGCGACGACCGUGCGUCGCCCACGUUUUGCAAGUUUGCCUACGAGCGCGGCGAGUAUUCGAGCGUCAGCGAAGAGCAGCUCUCGCCCAGCCGCAUCGGCGACUACGCGCUACGUAUGGCACUGCGCGCUGGUGCUGGCAAUGCUACGACGAGCACGAAUGAGGCUGUCCGUGUCCGCGCCGUCGUAGUCUUCCUUCCGGCGCCAACCUCGACUGCGCUCCGGAUGGAGUUCCGGACGCUGCACCGCAGCUGGCUGCACAUCCAGACGCACGACGCCGACGCCAUGCGCACCGACCUCCUCGUCUACACGACCGACAACGACGACGACGGCUAUCUCCACGGCCUGGGCUGCACGAACGCCCACGUCCGAUCGGACCGCCACCGCCCCAGCGCCUGCGUGCUCUACAGCAACGUUGUGCCGCAGCGGUCGUCCACGUUCAACGUCGAUAUGGAUCCGAUCCACGUGCUCUCGGUGGUGCCGGCCGUGUACGACUACAUUCUCAAGGUGACACCGGACGCGAUCCUGGCGCCCGGGCUCCACGCGUGGACGCCCGCGUCACUCGUGACGGCGUCGACCAACUACGCUCUGGACGGCCGCGACACGAGCAGUCGUCUCGAGCGGAUUGCGACCGACCUUGGCCUCGCCACCGGCAGCAAGCGUGUCAACAACUUUGGUGCGACGUGGUACGGGCCCGCGAGCGUCGUGCGCACGUGCGCGGCGCUCGCGAUGCACGUCGCCAAGCACCUCGUCGCCCACGAGUUUACGGACGAAGAAAAGUCUGCUGCUUACGGCUCUCGUGGCUGGCCGCGCUGGCACUUUGGCGCGCUCGAGCUGUACGCGAGCGACAUUGCGAUCCACGACUGUGCGCCCAACGCCGUUCAGCGACCCGACCUCUUGGAAGCUUCAGCGACGCUGCAGGACGCGCCGUCGCAGCACGCCGUCUUGCUCACGCACGAACACGAUGGAGUCUUCAACAAGAAGGAAUUUGCAGCUGGCGUCUACGGAGCCUCGACGGUAUCGCCUGCCGCGAUCGACGCCAACACGAGCGCGUAUGCGCUGUUCAUGGCGCUCGAUGCGCACAAGGACGCGCUGCCGACGUCAGUAUUGCCGUCGACGACCGUCGAGAGCGUCAACGAUGACACGUUUGUACGCGCGGCCAUCACGUACCUCCCGCCCAAGACGCCAAAGUUUGUGCGGGAGCUGCGCUGGUUCCGCCGGAGCUGGCAGGCCAUGGCCGAGUACGAACCAAAGGGGUGGCGCACCGACAUUGUCAUCUACACGAAAGCAAUGACGGCCGUCUUGCGCAGUCUCAACUGCUCGACAGCGCCGCGUUUGAAUCGACACGAGCCCAACAAGUGCAUCGUCAUCACCAACUACACGCCGCUGCGCACCAAGGCCUUCAACUACGGCUACGGCGACUCGCUCAACGUCGUCGCGAUGGACAAUACUGUCAUGGACGCGUACGACUACCUGCUGCGGACGGACCUCGACACGUUUGUGACGCCGGCCUUUGCGACGUGGAAGCCCAAGGAACUCAUCGUCGGCCAAGGCGCGUACGCGUUUGACGGCACGACGACGUCGGCGCGCCUCGAGAGUAUCAUCCAAAAGCUCAACUACACGAAGUCGACCGUCCAUAACGUCGGGUCGACGUGGUACGGGCCAGCGGCUGUCGUCCGGCGCUGCGCCAAGCUCACGGUCAAGACGAUGCUGUAUCUGCACGAAUCCGAGUUUACGGCCGAAGAAAAGAGCGAAGCGUACGGCAUCAAGGGCUGGCCCAACUGGCACUGGGGCGUGCUCACGUUGUAUGCCGGCCACAUUGCCAUCAACCACUGCGCGAAUGACGUCGGCGUCAUCAAGCGCGAAGACAUGCUCGACUUUCCGACCACGUCGUCCGAGUCGCCGCACCAGCACGCACAUCUGCACACGUGGCAGAACAGCGAGCGCUUUAGCAAGUUUUCGUUUGCCGAAGGCAAGUACGCCAGCGAAGACAUGACCAAGCUCCGUCAUAAUGACGUGAUUGCUGACUACGCCAUGUACAUGGCGCUGGACGCGCACAAGGCCCCCGGGCUGCUGCCGGGCGGGAGCGCUGGCAAGGCAACCGACCCGCCGCGCGAUAUCGACAAGCGCUUUGUCCGCGCCGUUGUCGUGCAUCUGCCGCCCUUGACGCCGAGUCUCGCGACCGAGUUUCAAACGUUCCACCGCAGCUGGCAGUACAUACUGGACAAGCAGCCGUCGACGUGGCGCACCGAUCUCAUCGUGUACACGGCGUCGGCGCCGGACCUUCUCUCGCGCCUCAACUGCUCGCGUGAUUGGCAUCGAACGUCCAGUGACAGCGUUGAUGCGUGCAUUCUUGUCGACGACCACAAGGACCUCCGCUCCACGGCGUUUCCUGUCGACGUCGACAGCUUCCAAGCGCUCUCGGCAACGACCAACCCUCUCUACGAGUGGCUCUUCAAGUCGACCGUCGAUGGGAUGCUCGCACCAGGCUUUGCUUCGUGGAAGCCGGCCACGAUGGUCAUGUCCAACGCCUACUACGCCGUCGCGAGCGCCGACACGACCGAGCGCCUUGAAACCAUUGCCGCCAAGCGCAACCUCUCGCGGAGCGACCUCGUCGAAGUGGGCCUGACGUGGUAUGGCCCGGCGUCGCUCCUCCGCGCCUGCGCUGCCAAUGUCGUCGACGUUGCUGCGUACAUGUACGAGCACGAGUUUACGGACGAAGAGAAGAGUCCGGCGUACGGCUCUCGGGGCUGGCCGCGCUGGCAUCUUGGCGUGUUGGCCAACUAUGCAGCCGACAUUGCGAUCAACCACUGCACGAUGGACGCGGGCAUCGAAGCGCGCGCCGAAAUGCUCGAAGUCGCGUCGUCUGAUAGCGAUAUGCCGUCAAGCCACGCGCAUCUGCACACGUGGCACAACAACGAGCUCUUCAACAAGAACGCGUUCUUUGCCGGCGACUACAAGGGUGUCGACGCCGCGUCGCUGGCUAUCGACACCAACACGAGUGCGUACGCCUUGUUCAUUGCCCUCGAGGCCGAAGCACUCUCGACGGCGGCCGCAUUUGUGGACCCGGCGUCGAUCACAUCGACCAUGACGCGCGCUGCUGUCUUCUACAUGCCGUCUGAGAUCCAAGGUCGGUUCGUCAACCAACUGCGCUGGUUCCUCCGCAGCUGGCAGGCCAUGGCCGAGUUUGAGCCGGCCAAGUGGCGCACCGACAUUCUCGUCUUCACCGACAAGCACCUCGCUGUGUACGACGAACUCAACUGCACGUCGCACGUGCGCAGCUCGCCGGCCGAGCCCAACGCGUGCAUCAUCGUCGACACAUACUCGAGCGUCAAGAGCGAUGCGUUCAAGUACGGGUUCGCCGACUCGGUCAACGUCGUCGCCGUCGAGUCCCCGGCGCUCGACCCGUACGACUACCUCCUUCGCUCUGAUCUGGACACGUUCUUGACGCCAGCGUUCGCCACAUGGCAACCGUCCAAGCUCGUUGUUGGUCAAGGCGCGUACCUUGGCGCGACGACGCCGGCGCGCCUCGAGGCCAUCGCCGCCGAGCUCCAGUGGGCGCCGCCGACGGUCGGCAACAUUGGUUCGACGUGGUAUGGCCCGGCGAAAACGGUGCGCACCUGUGGAAAGCUUGCCAUGGAAGCCAUGUACUACAUGCACGAGCACUCGUUCACGGACCUCGAGAAGAGUCCGGAGUACGGCGACCAAGGCUGGCCGCGCUGGCACUAUGGCGUCUUGAGCAUGUAUGGCAGCGAGCUCGCGAUCAACAACUGCGCGUCCGACGUCGGGUUCGAGAAGCGACCGGACAUGCUCGACUUUCCGUCGAGCUCGGCCGACUCGCCGUUCAAGCACGCGCAUCUGCACACGUGGCUCGACAAUGAACGUUUUAGCAAGCUCGCGUUCGCCCAAGGCAAGUACGCAGGCGAGACCACCGACGGGCUGCAGUACCUCAAGCACAUUAGCGACUACGCCAUGUACAUGGCACUUGACGCACACAAGGCGCCCGGCCUUAUGCCGACGCCCGCGCCGUAGUAGCAACACCGUUUAGUAACUAGGAAGGACGUGCCCGAUGUCUCCUGC